AUGAACUCCAAAUUGAUUAUUGCUUUCUUUGCUAUUAUCUUUGCUACAGUCUCUGCUCAAUACUAUUAUCCAUAUGGAAGUUAUUAUGGAGGAUAUUACAAUGGACUUAAUGGAUAUGUUGGUAAUUAUGCUGGAUAUGCUGCUGCUUAUCCUGGAUAUGCUUCAUAUUAUCCAUCUGCAUUUGCUACAUCAUACUAUGGUUUUGGAAGCAAUAAAAAUAAAGGUGUUGAAUCACAGCAAGCUCAAUCAAAUGUAAAACUUACUAAUAAUUCUUAA